AUCUACACGGUCACAAAGGAAGCAGACACCACCAUAUUGGUUUACGCUGCACUUCUCCGUAGGUGAUUAACGAUCGGUUUCUUGUAGCUAGCGCUCUUCUUUCUUUUCAUCACUCUGCAAAGCAGUUACUCUCACUCAGCUCCGACUAUCGUUUUCUCCAAGAUUCAUGGUGGUGAAUCGUUUACCGUCACUCCUCUCCGCGCGAAGCUUAGCUCUGUAUUAAACCCUAACUCGCCGCGUCGGAAGCAAUCGAGCUCGUCCCUCUUCGGAGCAUUCGCCUACACUUGCGCCGGCGAUUUGGUUUCUGAUCGGGAUAGAGUUUUUGAGUUUGAACAGUUUAAGGCUAGAAUGAGUGGGGAAGACGGAAGCUUGAAGAGGCAUUCGCGUGAUAGUUUAGUGUACCUCACAACAUGUAUGAUUGGGCAUCUCGUGCAAGCGCAUCUAAAAAAUGGAUCGGUUUAUAGUGGUAUAUUUCAUGCUGCUGAUGUGGACAAGGAUUUUGGAAUUGUUCUAAAGAUGGCAUCCUUGGUUAAAGACGGUACUUUCAGAAAGCCACCGUACAAGACAUUCAUUAUUCCUGCGGAUGAGCUUGUGCAAGUUGUUGCUAAGGAUCUCUCCGUAGUGAGUGACGGCAAGUUAAAUGCCGUUCAGAGUGAGAAGUCGGUGGAGCUUUUGACGGAUUCUUCUAUAUCGAAGUCUUGUCGUGUUGUUCAGAGAAGCGAGCGAAAACCCAGGGUACUUGACGGUGAAGCUCCUGAGGGUCUGGAUAAUGUGUUUGAUGAGUCUUGCAAAAGUGAAGAACAAGUGCUCAAAGCUACACCUCUAAUGGUGUCAUCUCAACUAAAGGUUCAAGAAAGUACAAGUCUUGUUCAAACUGUGGAAGAAAAAAAUUCGCCCGGCAAGGAAUCUGCUGAGGCGCCACCGUCAAGUAUGAGUUCAAGUCAGCUGACGUAUAGGCCUGAAGAGUGGAAAGAGGAAGGUAUCAAAUCAUUCUUCAAAGUGGCGACUGGAGCGUCUCGAGAAGCCGCUAUUGCUUGCCUCAGUAAUUGCAAGUGGAAUCAAGACGACGCCAUCAGUUAUUUCUUUGGAGAUUACACAGAAGCUAUUCAAGAUAGUACAAGUCCCGUUAAGGAAUCUGCUGAGGCGCUGUCGUCAAGUAUGAGUUCAAUUGUCAAAUCAUUCUGCGAUGUGGUUAUUGUAGCGUCUCGAAAAGACGCAGAAGCUUGCCUCAGUCACUGCAAGUGGAAUCAAGAAGACGCCAUCAGUUAUUUCUUUGGAGAAUACACAGAAGCUAAUCCUGAAAUUGCGUGGUCUCAGGCAGGUGAGAGUCAGCCCUUUCAGAAUGAAACAAAUGCAGAUCAGAGCUGCUCUAUACAUGGUGAUCACGCUGGUCACCUUCCCUCUGAACAGCGGUCCAAAGAUUUUCCUCCCCAAGACAGCAGUACCAGUGAGAGCCAGUUGGGUGAGCGAAGAAACAACAAUAAUCCAGAGGGUGCCCACAGUAACAGAACACCUGAGAAAUCAGUUUCUGGUUCUGGUCAUGGAGACAUCAAAGAAGGUGGCGGUGGAACCUCGGCGUCGAAGACUGUUGCUGAGAAUGAAAGGCAAGUCAGUCAAGUUUCUGGUGAAACAAAAUCUGAAAGCGCUUUUGGGCAGUCGGAUUCUAGAAGAAUUUCAGAGAGCGGCCCAGCUCCACCGACGUCAACUCGUCCUGGACUAUCACCAAGCUCGUCAAUUAGUUCGUUGCCCUCACCAGAAAAGUCCACUCUUAACCCGAAUGCAAAGUUUGAACAGUUUAAGGCUACAAUGAGUGUGGAAGAUGGAAGCUUGAAGAGGCAUUCACGGGAUAGUUUAGUGUACCUCACGACAUGUAUGAUUGGGCAUCUCGUGGAAGCGCAUCUUAAAAAUGGAUCGAUUUAUAGUGGUAUAUUUCAUGCUGCUGAUGUGAAGAAGGAUUUUGGAAUUGUUCUAAAGAUGGCAUCCCUGGUUAAAGACGGUACUUUACCAGGGCAUAAAUCUCGUUCCCAGUUUGUCAGAAAGCCACCUUACAAGACAUUCAUUAUUCCUGCGGAUGAGCUUCUGCAAGUUGUAGCUAAGGAUCUCUCCGUAUUCAGUGACGGCAAGUUAAAAGCCGUUCAGAGUGAGAAGUCGGUGGAGCUUUUGACGGAUUCUUCUAUAUCAAAGUCCUGUCGUGUUGAUCAGGGAAGAGAGCUAAAACCCUGGGUACCUGAUGGUGAAGCUCCUGAGGGUCUGGAUAAUGUGUUUGAUAAGCCUUGGAAACGUGGGGGAUGGGAUCAGUUUAAGGUGAAUCAGGAACGGUUUGGAGUAAAGAGCACCUUCAAUGAGGAAAUGUAUACCACACCACUUGACAGAGGUCUUCGGACUAGAGAGCUGGAAGAGAAAGCCGGAGAGAUAGCGAGAGAGAUUGAGGGUGAAAAUACCGGAGAUCUUCAUGUAGCAGAGGAAAGAGGCCUUCAAGUUAAUGAUAAAUUUGACACUGACGAGGAAGCUAAAUACUCAGCUGUCCGUCGAGUUGAUGGAUUUGAUGAUAGUGGGUUUGAUGAGGAAGACGAGAAAUUGCUGGACACUUGCAACGAUCAGACUUUCGGUGGUUCAUCUACUUCUAUUGUCCAGAAGCCAACUUCUUCUAGUGGCCAGAAGCCAACUUCUUCUAGUGGCAAGGGUUAUGGGGGUGAGAGCUGCUCGAUAGCUGAUGAUCACGCUGGUCACCUUCCCUCUGAACAGCGGUCCAAGGAUUUUCCAGCCCAAGGCAGCAGUAUCAGUGAGAGGCAGUUGGGUGAGCGAAGAAACAACAAUAAUCCAGAGGUUGCCCGCAGUAACAGAUCACCUGAGGCAUCAGUUUCUGGUCAUGGAGGCAGUGGUGACCUGUUAAGAAAAUAUUGUGUUUGGAAUAUAGAUAUCGAAGAAGGUGCAAAUCUUGGUGGUGGUGGAACCUCCUCGGCUUCGAUGACUGUUGCUGAGAAAGAAAGGCAAGUCGGUCAAGUUUCUGGUGAAAGAAAAUCUGAAAUCUCUUUUGGUCAGUCGGCUUCUAGAAGAGGUUCAGAGAGCGGCCCAGCUCCGUCGGCGUCAACUCGUCCUGGACUAUCAUCACCAAGCUCGUCAAUUAGUUCGUUGCCGUCAUCAGAAAAGUCCAUUCUUAACCCGAAUGCAAAGGAAUUCAAACCAUCGCAAUCACCAGCUCCUGUACGGCCUCAAUCUCCAAUUGCAGGUGGCUCAUUCUACUACGCUGCUCCAACUCCACCGGUUCAGCAGAUGCCUGUAAUGCCUGCUGGUUACGGAAUUCAACCGCAAUAUCCUGGACAGCAGCAGCUUCUUCGUUAUCCUGGCCACGAGUAUCCUCAAACUUAUUAUCCUCCAAAUGCACCGCCCCAGUAUCAGCAGUGGCAACAGCUGAUGAUGCAAGGUCAGGAGCUGAUGAUGCAAGGUCAGCAGCCUAGGCCGCCGGAUAUGAUUUACAUGCCGCUGCCUGCUCCUUACCAGCCGGGAAAUCCACAUAAUCAAGGAUGAGAGUAAUAAACAGUUGGUCAUGAUGUAGUUUUUCUGAGAAGGAAGGACUUAAACGAACUAACCAACCCUCUGUUUUGGUUUAUGCUCCUUUCUCUCUCUCUUGCUUAGUCAAUUACUGGAACCAUUUUCUACUUUUUAGAUUCCCCAUUGGAUUUUAAUAUCUAGUGUUAAAGGAAAAAAACAAAAGAACAUAACAAUGUACUUGUAUUCUCUUGAAUCUGAAGGUGUACAUAUUUUAGAGUUUAGGUCA